AUGAAAGUUCCGUCUGGUCUUUGGGUGCUUAAGCAAAAGUGGAAUGCUCAUGCCGGUAUGAUGGAUCCAGGACUGAAAAUGUUCUGGCCGGCGUGGAACCGCGUCUCACACAUUGUGACCAAACAGGCAGUGACGUAUUCCAACCCUGUGCGCGGAUGUCCUACAUCUGAUAACGUGAUGGUCGAUAUUGACAUUUCCAUCAGCUUUCAAAUCGGCCCAACAGAGGAUGACGCAUACACUUUUGUGUAUUCGCUAGGAGCGCAUCGCUUUGACGAGUUACUCUACAGUCUCACGGAGGAAGCAAUUCGAGGUCUUGUGCACUCAGUGCGACAUGACCAAGUGCAUGACCUCAGAGAAGAAUUUGCCGUGGGAAUGAAGACCGAUCUAAAUGCCAAGCUCAAGUCUUAUGGCGUCUUUAUCCACAAUGUCAAAGUGACUAAUGUUGAAUUACCACUAAAACUUUCCAAAACACUUGAGGAGACGACGGCGUUCAAGACGCGUAUGGAGGAGCAGGAAAAGAAUCACGAAAACCAGAUGCGAAUCCUGCUAAAUCAGGAGACGCAGAAGCUCACAGCACUGGAGAAGGAGAAUGAGCGAGCGAUUCAAGAUUUGCAGGCUGAAAGUGUUCGUGCAGCGAUCAUUCGAGACGAGCGACGCACGAUCGCCGAAGCGAAGGCUCAGGUCACGAUUGCGGAGCACGUGUCGUCGAAUGAUAACAAGAUCAUGGCAGCAGCAGGUUACAAGGCAGACGCUGUUACGAGCGCGACUGCUAAAGCGAUAACGCGCAAAGCUUUGCCUACGGUAGAGCUCAACAAUCUGAAGACCGACUUUGACCAGUUCGUAAACGGAGCCAAGGUGGAAGCAGAUGCACUAAUCCAGGCUGCUAAAAAAGAGGCGGAAAAAAUCCGGGUAACUGCCGAAGCUGAAGGCACCUCUGCGGCAUACCUGAAAGCCAAACGCGACUUUGACUACAACGAGAAAAGAAGAUACGCAUGGAAGCUGCUCUAUUGGAGGCCGUUCCUCUAG